AAAGGGAGAUACAUUUAUUAUAAAAUACUGGCUUAUGGGAUUAUGGAGCCUGAGAAAUCCUAUGAUUGGCUCUGUACAAACUGGAGACCCAGGAGAGCUGGUGGUGUGGUUUGAAGGCUGAGUACUGGAGAACUAAUGCUGUGGAUUCCAGUCUGUGUCUGAAGGCCUGAGAACCAGGAGCACUGAGUACGGAAGAUUGAUGUCUUAGUUCAAGCAUUUAGGCAGAGAGCCAAUUUAACUUUCCUCCACUUUUUUUGUUCUGUUUAGGCCCUCAACAGAUUGGAUAUUACCAUCCACAUUGGGGAGGAUCAUCUGUUUUAUUCAGUCCCAUCAAUUCAAAGGCUAAUCUCUUCUGGAAACACCCUUACAGAUGCAUUCAGAAAUAAUCUUUAACCAGCUACCUGGGCAUUUUGUGGCCCAGUCAAGUUGACAUAAAAAUUAACCAUCACAUUCUUGCAGCCAGGGUGGUGGACUUUCAUCUUCACUUGGCUGUAAUAAGGUGGGGGGUCUUCCUUCUUGUGCUUGUGUGAUGUCAGAGGAGGCCAACAACCUGGAACUGUGAGAAAUAAAUCUCUGUUGUUUAUAACUGUAACUCAGAAUUCUCUAUACAGUGACAAUAUUCUUCUGGAAUAAAGUGGAAAUCAAGACAUUCUCUGAUGAAGGAAAACUAAGAGGAUUUGUCACCAGAAGAUCUGCCCAUUCGAAAAAAAAAAAAGCUAAAGGAGUUUCUUCAGUUUGAAAGGAAAUGAUAAAAGAAGGAAUCUUGAAACAUCAGAAAGGGAUAUAGAACAGUAGAAAGUAAAUAUGGUAGAAGUGGAAUUACUGGUCAAAGGACGUUCAGAGUUGGGAGAAGUGGCUCCAGAAGUAAAAGCAUCCGAGAGACGAACAGCGGUGGCCAUUGCAGAUUUGGAAUGGAGAGACAUGGACCCAGAUGACUAUGGUACAAAUGAGGCCCAGGACAGUGACUUCCCAGCAGUGGAGAGGAGCAGGCUGCAGGAAAUGCUGUCUCUUCUGGGGCUGGAGACCUACCAGGCCCAGAAGCUCAGCCUCCAGGACUCCCUGCAGAUCAGCAGUGACAGCAUGAAGAACUGGGCCCCUCAGGCUCCCAAGGACUUGCCCUGGAAUUUCCUCAGGAAGCUGCAGGUCCUCAACGCUGAAGCCAGGAACACCACCAUGGUGCUGGACGUGCCCCCGGACGCCAGGCCCGCGGAGAAGGAGAGCCAGAUGGAAGAGGAGAUCAUCUACUGGGACGCGGCCGACGACAUCUCCGCGGACAUCUAUUCCUUCUCUGAGCUGCCAACGCCUGACACACCUGUGAACCCCUUGGACCUCCUCUGUGCCCUUCUGCUGUCCUCGGACAGUUUCCUACAACAAGAAAUCGUGCACAGAAUGUCCCUCUGCCAGUUUGCACUCCCCCUCGUCCUACCCGACUCGGAGAACCACUACCACACGUUUCUGCUAUGGGCCCUGAGGGGCGUUGUGCGGACGUGGUGGGCGCAGCCCCCACGGGGGGUGGGCAGCCUCCGAGAAGACAGCGCGGUGCUGUCGCGGGCGCCCGCCUUCGCCUUCGUGCGCAUGGAGGUCAGCAGCAACUCCAAGUCCCAGCUCCUCAACGCCGUGCUCAGCCCAGGCCACAGGCCGCGGGACUGCUUCUGGCACCGCGAUCUGAACGUGGGCACCAACCCUCGGGAGAUUGCAGACGGGCUGGUGGAAGUCUCCUGGUUUCUUCCCAGCGGCAGGGAGGACCUGGACGUUUUCCCGGAGCCUGUGGCCUUUCUGAACCUGAGGGGCGACAUCGGGUCUCACUGGCUGCAGUUUAAGCUGUUGACCGAAGUGUCGUCUGCCGUGUUCAUCUUGACUGACAACAUCAGCAAGAAGGAGUACAAGCUUCUGUACCCCAUGAAGGGGUCGGCCACGAAAUACUACUUCAUCCUGAGCCCGUACCGCGGGAAGCGGAACACGAACCUGCGCUUCCUCAACAGGCUCAUCCCAGUGCUGAAGAUGGACCACUCGCACGUCCUGGUGAAGGUCAGCAGCACGGACAGCGCGGGCUUCGUGCGCAGGGUCCGCUCCAUUGUGGCUCACGUGGCCCGCUCCCCCUGCAGGAGGCUGUCUCUGGAGGAAAUGGCCCACGCGGCGCGCAAGCUGGGGCUGCGGGUGGACGAGGACUGUGCCGAGUGUCAGCGGGCCAAGGACCGGAUGGAGCGCAUCACCAGGAAAAUCAAAGACUCGGAUGCCUACCGCAGGGACGAGCUGAGGCUGCAGGGGGACCCGUGGAGGAAGGUGGCCCAGGUGGAGAAGGAGCUGUGCCAGGCCCAGUGGGCCGGGGACCCUCCAGACAAGGGCAGGGCCGAGCUGAGGCUCCGGCUGCUGGAACUGCGGGCACAGCAGAACGGACACGAGCCCGCCGGGGGCGUGCAGGAGUUCAUCGCGGGCAUCAGCGGCCCCUCCCUGGGCGAGAAGCAGUACUUCCUGAGGUGGAUGGAGUGGGGGCUGGCCCGGGUGGCCCCGCCGAGGCCGAGACAGCCUCCGGAGAGCAUUCUCACGCUGAGACCGAAACACUGUGGGGUCGUGGACUUCAGCGAGCUGCUCUGGCCAGAGCCCCUGGGGGUGGAGCACUUCCUGCGGGAGAUGGGGCAGUUUUAUGAGGCAGAGAGCUGCCUCGUGGAGGCAGGGAAGCUGCCGGCCAGCCAGAGGCGCUUUGCCCACUUCCCAGGCUUGGCCUUGGAGCUGCUACUGAAGGGGCUUCCCUUGGAGCUGAUCGACGGGAGCACGCUGAGCACCCCCCUGCGCUGGGUCACGGGGCUCCUCAAGGAGCUGCACGUGCGCCUGGAGCGGAGGUCGAGACUGGUGGUCCUGUCGGCGCUGGGUGUGCCGGGCACAGGCAAGUCCACGCUUCUCAACACCAUGUUUGGGCUGCGCUUUGCCACAGGGCGUGGAUGUGGGCCUCGAGGGGCCUUCAUGCAGCUUGUCACGGUGGCCGAGAGCUUCAGCCAGGACCUGGGCUGUGACCACAUCCUGGUGAUAGACUCUGGGAGCCUCAUAGGCGGGGCCCUGGCCUCGGCCGGGGAGAGGUUUGAGCUGGAGGCCUCCCUGGCCACGUUGCUCAUGGGGCUGAGCAACGUCACCGUGGUCAGUUUAGCCGAGACCAGGGACAUACCACCGGCCAUUCUGCACGCGUUUCUGAGGUUGGAAAAAACAGGGCACAUGCCCAACUAUCAGUUUGUGUACCAGAACCUUCAUGACGCGUGUGCCCCCGGCCCCAGGCCGAGAGAGAGGAGGCCGCUCCUGGAGCCGCCCGGUGAUGUGAGCAGAGCCGUGGCGCAAAUGGAGAAACAGGGCGGCGGCAUCCGGACGCUGGCGGACCUGGCUUUCUGUGACCCCGAGAAGCAGCAUAUCUGGCACAUCCCUGGCCUGUGGCACGGGGUGCCUCCCAUGGCCGCGGUGAGCUUGGGGUACAGCGAGGCCAUUUUUGAGUUAAAGAGAUGCCUGUUGGAAAACAUCAGGAAUGGCCUGUCCAACCAGAACAAAAACAUCCAGCAGCUCAUUGAGCUGGUCAGACGGCUCUGAGUGUCCAGAGAGUGGCCUGUUCCAGGGGCGGUGUCCUCCCGGGGCCGAGCCCGGCACCUGAGCGGGGCUGGCGGCUGACCGGUGUGAGAAGGGAGAAAAACGAAAGCCAGGGGGCCUGGGGUUUCCUGCCCAGUGUUGAGAAAGGAGGUGACCUUGCAGACCAGGUCAGAGAUGCUCUCAGGAGCAGAGAGGCUCUGGGGGGCGGCGCGGGGACUCCGCAGUGAUUCACUCUGUGUCCAGGCUCCCUCUCUGUGCCCCCCGAGCGCAGCCAGGACGCUGCCCUGAGGAAGCGGGGGACAGGCCUUCGGCGACUCCGUCCUGCCGGUUCAACUGCCCCGUCCCCUGCACAGCCUUCUGUUUACACCGUCCCCCCACAGCCAUCUGUUUACACCUCCGCCACACUCAGCCCAGCGCAUCCCUCUUGCUCUGCUCCCGCGUCUGCCCCGCCCCAGACUGUGACCUCCUUGAAGGGAGGGUUGUGUGUGACCUGACUGUCCCCUGGGGCCUGGCUCAGGGCCUGGCACACUGUAGACACUUAAUAAAUGUUUGUUAAAAGACUGGAA